AUGGCACCCUCAAAAGUUGACCUUCUUUUUCUAACAUUCAACUGCGCGAAAGCUUUGAUAAAUACUGCGGUAUUUGCCAACCAUCUAGAGGCGGCCUUCGGCCAGAAUGCCACAGACCUGCCGGACCUCGUUGUCUUGUCCCUCCAGGAGGUUGCGCCAUUGAGCUAUGCAUUCAUCGGCGAUUAUUUCCUACGGCCCUACAUCGAACGUUUUGACACUGCCGUUAAUCAAGCUGCAUCCCAGUAUGAUCUGAAGCUCGGAGUGGCCGACGGGACACCAUCUGCUGCCGAACGAACGACACAGCGAAAACGCUACGAGCUGAUGAAGUCAAAAAAUGUUGGGUAUACGGCCAUUCUUCUGUUUGCCAGGGACUCGAGUCGUAUCAAGGACAUAAUGGGUGCUGAAGUUGGAUUUGGUGCUGCCGACAUGGGAAAUAAGGGUGCUGUCGGUCUCAGAAUCCUUUACGAUGCAGGAGAGUGCGGCUCUGCAAAUCUCACGUUCGUCGCAACACACUUAGCCGCCAUGGAAUGGAAUCUACCUCGUCGCAAUGCCAAUUGGGCUUCUAUCAUGCGAUGCAUGGCAUUCGGAGACCCGUUACCUCUGCUCGAGAGAAUGCGCAGUGGUAGCCUCAAGCCACCUGACGACGACUCGGAAGGAGAAGGCGUGGGAUUAUUACAAAGAGAUCGGCAUCCACCAGACACGGGUGCGUUACAAAAGCAACUGCACGAGCUAUCUCUCUUCAAACCUACUUCGCAUCUUUUUGUCGGCGGAGACCUCAACUACCGUAUAUCCACUAGCUCUCCGCCCCCGAAUGCUGCUUUUCCCAGCCUAGAUGCCGGAUCAGAUAAUUAUUACCCAAGGUUCUUCAAGCUAGACCAACUCACGCGGGAAAAGGCAGCAGGCAGGACUUUGCAUGGGCUGACUGAGGCUGAGGUGCACUUUCCUCCAACUUAUAAGUAUGAAGUGCUAGAGAGCGGGUUCAAGGAUGUGAACGAGAUGGAUUCUGUUUCGUGGAGAUUUGCUCCGCAUCGUUACCCCGGCUGGACAGACCGUAUCCUGUAUUUGGACCUCCCCAGCUGGGCUGCUACCGAGCAAGGCAACGGCAAUAUGAAGGUCAAUGCGUACGACGCCCUUCCGCUGAUGCGCACAAGCGAUCAUCGACCCGUUUUUCUUCGCAUUGAAGCUCCGAUACUUAGCUCAUCGGCAUUAACCCCAUCUGCAGAGGUAUUGGCCACCUCUACAGAUCCUCGCGUGCGGCUCCCGACAGAGUUGGACCCGGAGGCAUGGGAGCGUCGCACGGCGGCGAGACGGCGCGAGCUACUUCUGGGUUGGAGCAUGUUCCUCUGGAGCACAAAAGAGGGUGCAUAUAUUCUAGCCACUUUCUUGGCUGCCUCCAUCGGCGGCUAUUGGGUAUAUCACUUAGCAUAG